CCGGGUCCGGCGGGCGCUCUGCCAGCUGCGUAAACAAUGCCGGAGCACCGCGGCGGAGCAGACGGAGAACCUGAGAGGCAUCCAUCCCAUCCAGAACAGUUGCAGAGCCAACUUGACCCAAAACUGACAACUUGGGUCGCCAGCCUGUCCUGAGAGUAACUGAUCGGUACAGACCCCGGCUUCCGGAUUGCAGAGUAUCAUCAGUCUUCAGUUCCAACUUAGAAGCAAAAGGAGUACAUCCCAGCUGCUCUGUUCUCCUUCAGGAACCAGGACAGAUUCCAAGAAGUAGCAUUUCAGGAUCAAAAGGGGAAGAGGCAGCCAGGAUGCUGCAGCUGUUGUGGUUCUGAAGGAUGAGCUUGCCCUCUGCCCUGGGAGUGCAGCCCUACCGUUUAGAUGCAGGGACUCCUGAUCUGCUCCUCCAGUCGUGGCACUUUCGGAGGUAGGGUCAUGCUCACAUUCAUGGCCUCUGACAGCGAGGAAGAAGUGUGUGACGAGCGGACGUCCCUGAUGUCAGCCGAGAGCCCCAUGCCGCGCUCCUGCCAGGAAGGCAGGCAGGGCCUGGAGAACGGAGAGGGUGCCGCCCAGUGGGUAGGUUCCCACCAGCAGUCCAAGGCCUCCGGACAGAGAGGCCAGGAGAGCGAGGAGGACCAUGAGGAGGACCCUGACCGCUACGUCUGCAGUGGGGUCCCCGGGCGGCCACCAGGCCUGGAGGAGGAGCUGACCCUCAAAUACGGGGCGAAGCACGUGAUCAUGCUGUUCGUGCCUGUCACGCUGUGCAUGGUCGUGGUGGUGGCCACCAUCAAGUCCGUGCGCUUCUACACAGAGAAGAAUGGACAGCUCAUCUACACACCUUUCACCGAGGACACGUCUUCGGUGGGCCAGCGCUUCCUCAACUCCGUGCUCAACACCCUCAUCAUGAUCAGCGUCAUUGUCGUCAUGACCAUCUUCCUGGUCGUGCUUUACAAGUACCGCUGCUACAAGUUCAUCCACGGCUGGCUGAUCAUGUCCUCCCUGAUGCUGCUGUUCCUUUUCACCUACAUCUACCUUGGGGAAGUGCUCAAGACCUACAAUGUGGCCAUGGACUACCCCACCCUGUUCCUGACCGUCUGGAACUUCGGGGCGGUGGGCAUGGUAUGCAUCCACUGGAAGGGCCCCUUGGUGCUGCAGCAGGCCUAUCUCAUCAUGAUCAGCGCGCUCAUGGCCUUGGUGUUCAUCAAGUACCUCCCAGAGUGGUCUGCGUGGGUCAUCCUGGGCGCCAUCUCUGUGUAUGAUCUCGUGGCUGUGCUGUGCCCCAAAGGGCCGCUGAGAAUGCUGGUAGAAACUGCCCAGGAGAGAAACGAGCCCAUAUUUCCUGCCCUGAUAUAUUCAUCUGCCAUGGUGUGGACAGUGGGCAUGGCCAAGUUGGACCCCUCCUCUCAGGGAGCCCUUCAGCUCCCCUACGACCCAGAGAUGGAAGAGGACUCCUGUGACAGUUUGGGGGAGCCCUCGUACCCUGAAGUCUUUGCGCCCCCCCUGCCUGGCUACCCGGGGGAGGAGCUGGAGGAGGAGGAGGAAAGGGGCGUGAAGCUCGGCCUUGGAGACUUCAUCUUCUACAGCGUGCUGGUGGGCAAGGCGGCAGCUACGGGCAGUGGGGACUGGAACACCACGCUGGCCUGCUUUGUGGCCAUCCUCAUCGGUUUGUGUCUGACCCUCCUGCUGCUCGCUGUGUUCAAGAAAGCGUUGCCCGCCCUCCCCAUCUCCAUCACGUUCGGGCUAAUCUUCUACUUCUCCACAGACAACCUGGUACGGCCUUUCAUGGACACCCUGGCCUCCCAUCAGCUCUACAUCUGAGGGGAAGCCUGGGCACCGUGGCCUGCAAGCUGGAAGAAACGGUAACUGGAUGCAGUUGUGCAGUUGUACACUCUAGUGCCAUAUAUUUUUAAGACUUUUCUUUCCUUAAAAAAAAAAGGAGGGGGAGAGAGUAAAAAAGUGUCGUGUUUACUUUGUGAAGAGGAAGGACCAGCUUUUUGGUGCUGGUGGUUUUGUCACCAGGUCGUGGCUCACCCCUUCGUGAGCAUUUGCUUCACCAACAGGAGACGUGGGAAAUCGGUCCAGAGGAGCUGAGGAAGGUUCUGAGAUGUGGGAGGGGUUUGGGGAAGGCCCCUGCUCUCGCCCCACAGCCUGGAGUCCUCUGAGGGCCUAGCCGGAGGACGGGGCGCGUAUAUUCGGGACCAGGAGGUCACGCCUGGGACGGCAUGUAGCGCCUGGUCGCUCUGGCCGGAGAGGAAAAGCCAAUUUUCUCUGCAAGGAAUGUUCACCAACGCUUUGUCUAUGAUGCUGUCAUCAUUUUAUUACCUUUAGAGUCCUUGUUAAAAGCAGUUACUGCUGGGAAGUGUCUUAAUAUCAAUAAAUAGACGAAUCCUGUUGCAGUGUUGGGGUUUGGUCUGCUCAUCAGUGUGGGCCCCUCUCCCGGCAUCCUGGGAUAACAUGCCCUGGGCGCAAAAGAGAAGAGAUUUGCCUAGUUGUGAGGAGAGAGGCUUAACUGCCCCCAUCUCUGCGAUCGUUUCUUUAACUAGGUUUCCUAAGCAGAGGCACUCACAGACUCCUGAGACCCACUGUCUGACAGCUGGGCGGGUACCCGGCUGGCUGUCUUCAGAAACACUGCAAGGCUGUCACCAAAACACAGAGCGAGAGAGCAGGGCUGGUCCCCAACAGAAGCAGCCCAGCGGGGGCCAGGUGGGAGCCCAGGAGCCUGCUCUCCUUUCCUUCUAUGGCCACGUCUCUGGGCACUGCGGGGGGUGGGAGGUGGGCAGAUGGGUUUUUCCUUUGUUUCUCUACAUGUUUCACGGGCUGCAAAGAGAACCUCAGCCUCCAGACCAGAAUUUGAGCCCCUUGAGGCCUUGCAGAGCAGGCCGCUGGGCCCGCAGGGAGCGCGGCUGUCAGACACCCAAGAAACGCAGGAGCCGUGGAGCCGGCUGGGUAUCACAAGGAGAUGAAAAAAUCGUGCACUUUGGUGUCUGACUUAGCUUCCUUUUCCCCUGGGCUGUUUGUAGAAGAGCCGAGGGAGGCAGGCGUGGAAGCCGGGAGGCCAGCAUGCUUGGCCUGGGGGUGGCAGUUCAAUCCGGACAGCUGUCACUGGCUUGUGACUGACUCGCAGGUGACACCCAAGGUGGCGGCAUCACAGCCUCGAAAUCCAAAGGUAGGGAGAAUUUUAAGACUAUGAGAGCUAGGCCGUGAUAGUGAAAGCUCCCUGGAGAUUAAAGGGGAAGAAAAACUGGGAAAAACUCAUUCAGUUUGGCAAGUAGGGCAACGUUUAUCUUUGAAAGAGGAGUCUCAGGGUGGGGCUUCCAAAGAGGAGAUCUGACAAGUGUUUUGACUUGUUAGGCUUAAAAGGCCUUUGUCAAAGGCCUGACCAGGGUGCCGAGGGUGGAGCCUCACUUAGAGGUAAAAGCAGAAGGUAGAGAUGGACAGUGAAGGGAGGAGAGGUGAACGGUGCCCUGAUUAGGUGUUAAGAUUAAUAUGAAGACUGGGAAGGAACAAAUGUGAGAAGGCGAAAGGGCAAGAACCACUGGUGAGAAAACAAAGAUGCUUGAGGAGACUCUGCAGGCGGAAGCGUGGUCCCUGAGUCGCUGGGGGACUGGGGAACCCAGAACCCAAGUGGAGGAGAGGAAAAAAGAGGAUGAGAAAAGGUAAUUCAGGCAUGCUGAGAAGGACAGAGAAGUGGUAUGCAAACACCUCUGUCCCCCACCUUGUAACCAAUCAAUUAAUCUUAGUAUUUUUUCCAUAUUCCCUCCAGAUUUGUCUGUACAAAUAAAACCUUACAGUUCUGCAGUGCUA